CACCAAAAAAUUUCCAAUUUCAUUUCAUACAGAGAUUUUCUCAUAAAUUGUUCAAUCUCUAAUGGAAGAAGCAAAUGAGAGAGAGAAACUGACACUUGUGACCCGAAAAUCCUGUUUCGGACUACCCACUUCUUGCCCUAACUGUUUACCUGUUUACGUUUACCUCAAAUUCUCCGCGACUCCAUUUGAUUUGGAUUUCAAUCUCAAUAACCCUGAUUCUGAUCAAAUACCUUAUGUCGAAUCUGGUACAUACGUAGCCUACAACAAUGAGAAGGGUGGAGUUAUCCGCAGUUUAAGCGAAGAUGGUUUUGUUGAUUUGGACUCUCAAGUCCGUGGUAUACCUGAAUGGAUAUCAGCAAAGGCUAUGGUUGAUUCAUGGCUUGCAGAUGCCACUAUUUAUGAACUCUGGGUGGGUUCUGACGGAACUUCCGCACACAAGAUUUACUAUUCAGAUCUCCCGUGGCCACUUGGAAAAAUCUUGUACUUAAAGCAAGUUCAUGUUGUGAAACAAAUUCUUGGUAUUACAAAAGAAAAUGCUGAAAGAAGAGAGGAAGAGAUUUACAGGAAUGCCAAUGAUGCCUUUAGUGCUUUAUCAACUAGAUUAGGGGAGCAGGCUUAUUUCUUCGAAAACAGGCCGACAAGUUUGGAUGCAGUUUUCCUCGGUCAUGCACUUUUUACACUGUAUGCAUUGCCUGAAACUUCAGUGCUCCGAAGCAAGCUCUUGGAACAUGAUAAUCUUGUAAGAUACACUGAGAAGUAUAAAAGUGAACUGGUAGAUUCUAGCGGAUCAUCAUCUUCCGGUACACAUUCCCAGAGUGAUCCUUCUUCAUCUGUGCCAAGGCGUCCUUCACAAUGGAGUUCGAAACCCAAAAGCAAGCCCAAGAGGGAAAAAACUGAGGAAGAGAAAAAGUUCCGUAGAAGGGCUAAAUAUUUUCUGGUCACUCAGCUAGUUGCAGUUUUAGUUUUCCUCUCCCUCCUUGGAGGAUCUGAUGCUGCUGAAGUGGAGCUUGAUGAAGAUGAUGAUGGUGCGGAUUAUGAUUGAGCAGUGAGCGUGGGCGCCUUGAUCUUCACUUUCGAGAGUAGUUUAGACUCAAGACUCUUGUAGUAUCCCUCUUUAUAAUUUGGAAAAUUUUGAAUUUUUCCUGGUGCCAUGAAUUAUGGCAUCACUGUAGAAUAAAUUGUUUUUCUUCAAUCAUAAAUCGUGGUCUGAGUUGCACCCUUCAGAAAAAUAGGGUAACGGACAAAUACGAGAGAUGGAAAUUACAGUUUCUUUCAAACUUUUGAUGAUUUACUA